GCGCUGGUGGGCGAGCGGACUGGAACCCGGAGUCAGGAUUCGCGAGAGUCGAACCUGCGCGGAAAACCAGGCGGAAAGCGGGGGGCAAAACCCGGCGCGGCCUGCGCCCGGCCCCGGAGGGAGAUGGCUGGAGAUGGACUCGAUGAAAGAUUGUUUGUCUGGUGUGAUGACUGUGGGGAGUACCACGACUCAGAAUGCCCGGAGCUCGGUCCACUGGUGACUGUCAGCGACUCUUUCGUUUUGAGCAGGGCUCGGUCUUCACUGCCAUCCAGUUUGGAGAUUAGGCAGCUGGAAGAUGGAAGUGAAGGGGUCUUUGCGUUGUCUCCUCUGGUGAAGCGCACACAGUUUGGACCAUUUGAAGCCAAAAGAGUUCCCCGGCUAGAGAAAGAAAGUAUGUUUUCUCUGAAGGUUUUCCAGAAGGACGGGCCUGAUGUUUGCUUUGACACCACGAAUGAAGAGGACUGCAACUGGAUGAUAUUCGUGAGACCUGCAACAGACUACAGUCAUCAAAAUCUCACAGCUUAUCAACAGAGCCAUGAUAUUUAUUUCAACACGCUACAGGAAAUCCAGCCUGGUACUGAACUUCGCGUCUGGUAUGCAGUGUUCUAUGCAAAGAAAAUGGAUAAGCCAUUGCUCAAGCAAGCAGCAAAUGCAGUGAAGGAUGAGCGGCGGCCUGACGAAGAUCCUAAAAUGCUGCCCAAGAUCCAGUCUGUGACGUCCUUAUGUGAUAAGGGAAGUAACACCACAGUGUCUAUGGCAUUAAUCCCAGACAGAGUUAAAGAAGGCAGCGCUGUCCCGACAGUGGGACUGAAUCAGUGGACGUGUAAAGUUUGUUCUGAUGUCUUUCAGGAACCGCAUCUUCUCACAGAGCAUCUGAUGAAUCACUUGGAGCAAGUUCACGGCGUGCCUGCCACAGCGAAAGAUUCGGUGGCCGAUAGAGUCGGGGGCCUUCUCCCCACUGACCGCCCAGCUGUAGUGGAAGUUCCCACAAUUCCGGACCAGAAGUCCAGAGCUCGGCGGCCUCGGAAGCCGAAGUUACGGCGGAAUGAGCCUGAGCAGUUGCCCGCUGACUGCAAUCAGAACACAGUGUCUGAGAGCAUUGUGAAAGCCUGUUCCACCUCUGCACCUCUGGAAACGUCUGUUCGUGAUGGAAGAAUGGGCGAAGUGUUAAGUUCAGGGAAAAUGUUGCGAAAUGGCCGUCACGUACGUCCAAAUUUGAGGCCUGACACGCACAGGAAGAUACUGAGACGUUCAGGUGACCUACGAGUCUACCAGUGUUACCUCUGCGAUAAAUUCUUCAACAACAGCAGCAACCUGAAGCGACACAUCCGUUCUCAUGGUGAUAAACUUUACAAAUGUGAUGAAUGCGAGAAAGAAUUCAGCCGGAAGGAAAGUUUGAAGCAACACGUCUCUUAUAAGCACAGCAGGAAUGAGGUGGACGAUAGCUACAUGUUCCAGUGUCCUACAUGUCUGAAAGCUUUCCGCAUCAGGACUGCGUUGGAGUUUCACAACUGUCGAACAGGUAAAAGAGAUGACAAAACAUUCCAGUGUGACAUGUGCUUCAGGUUCUUCUCAACCAACAGUAACCUGUCAAAGCACAAGAAAAAACAUGGAGACAAAAAGUUCUCCUGCGAUACUUGUGGAAAAAUGUUCUACAGGAAAGAUGUGAUGCUGGACCACCAGAGACGGCAUACUGAAGGUGGAAAACGUGUGAAAAAAGAUGAAAGUGAGCCCAAUGGGAUGGUGAAAUACAAAAAGGAACCAUCAGGAUGCCCUGUCUGUGGAAAGGUUUUCUCCUGUCGAAGCAACAUGAAUAAGCACUUGCUGACGCACGGAGACAAGAAGUACACUUGUGAGAUCUGUGGGCGCAAAUUCUAUCGUGUCGAUGUUCUGAGGGAUCACACUCAUGUCCAUUUUAAGGACAUUGCACUGAUGAAUGAGCAACAGCGAGAACAGUUCAUCAGCAAACUUGGCAUCGCAGCAGAGGAAACAGAAGAUAUUUCAGAUGGGCCGGGUGAGCCGAUUCCACAUAAAUACAGCUGCAAGAAAUGCCAAGCCACGUUUGCUAAGGGGAGUCAGUAUUUAAAGCAUCUGAUGGAGAUUCACAAGGAAAAGGGCUAUGGUUGCGCAAUCUGCAAUCGUCGCUUUGCGUUGAAGGCCACCUAUCAUGCUCACAUGGUCAUUCACAGGGAGGAGCUACCAGACUCCGACCCCAACGUGCAAAAAUAUAUCCAUCCCUGUGAUAUUUGUGGAAGGAUCUUUAACAGCACGGGAAACUUGGAACGACAUAAAAUAAUUCACACAGGAGUGAAGAGCCACACUUGUGAGCAGUGUGGGAAGGCCUUUGCCCGGAGGGACAUGCUGAAGGAACACAUGAGGGUUCAUGACAAUGUUCGGGACUACCUAUGUGCUGAAUGUGGCAAAGGGAUGAAAACCAAACAUGCGCUGAGACAUCACAUGAAGUUGCACAAGGGGAUUAAAGAGUACGAGUGCAAGGAGUGCCAUCGGAAGUUUGCCCAGAAGGUCAACAUGCUGAAGCAUUACAAGAGGCAUACAGGUGUGAAGGAUUUCAUGUGUGAACUUUGUGGGAAGACGUUCAGUGAGAGGAACAGCAUGGAGAAUCAUAAACUACUUCACACAGUUGGAAAGCAGUGGACCUGCAGCGUGUGCGAGAAGAAAUUUGUUACCGAGUACAUGCUCUUCAAGCACAUACAGCUUACCCACAAAAAGGUGGAAGCUCAGAACUGCCAUCUGUGUGGCACAAAGGUCUCAACGCGAGCGUCGAUGAACAGGCACAUGCGGCGCAAGCACCCUGAGCAGGAGAUAAGCUUGCAUGAAAGUGAGUUGGCUGAAAUAGCCCAGGUGAAAAGAUUAAAACGAGCACAAAGGAAGAAGAGGAAAGUGGAUGAGGAGGACGACGAUGAGGAGGAAGACGAAGAGGAAGACGAUGAUGAAGAAGACGAUGACGAUUCAGCAACAGCUCCCGAAGAGGCCGCGAUGUAUUCCUACACAGACAAAGAGACUGGUUUUGCAGCAGCGGUGGAGGAUGAGACAGACUCAGCAGUACAAAACAUGAGUCAGGUGGUUGUGACACUUGGAGAUUCAAACAGUUCUACAGUGACGAGCUCUGCUGGACUGACCAACAUUGCGGUUUCGUCCAACAUCAGCACCGUGGCAGGGACCCAGUUCACCAACCUUCAGCCCAUCACAGUGACCAACCUGACGCUGCAGGACCGGCAGAUGCAGCUCGACUCCAUCCUGACCGUCAGCUUCGACUCCAUCAGUGGCUCAACGGUGGUGCACAGUCGGCCAAUGGAGAUCCAGAUCGAGGCGCAGCCCGCCUCCACGCCGCAGGCCCACUCCUUGCCGCAGUCCAUGAACUUGACCACCUUUGUCAACUCUAUUGCCCCCGUCGAGAGCCCCCUGGCCGAGCAACCGCACGCCAUGGCCUGGAGGGCUGUGCCGCAAGCCACAGAUGGUACCCACCACAUCCUGCAGCCUCAGCAGGCUGCAGCACCUCCUCCGGCACCACCACCUCAACAGCAGCCGGUUCAAGUCCAGGCACAGCCAUCCCAACCAUCCCAACAGCAGAUGUACAGCUACUAAAGAAUCCUGCACCAUAAAAAUACAGAACAUCCUCACCCUGGACGUCAGGAAGAGGCAAUGCAGUAUUAACUGUGAAAGACCCCUUUACACAGUGGAAUGAAACAGUCCACUCUAAACUAGUGUUGAUCCACUCCAGGAUUUACUGCCUUUGCAGUACCAGCAACUUUCUGUAUUCAAUCCACUCUGCCCCAUGGAUUUCCCAGCUUGGAUUUGUAGCUUUGAGUUGAACACAGCAUCUUGAGUGUAUUAAUAGCAGUUUAAAAUGAACUUUUUUUUUUAAUUAAAAAGUGAAAACAAUAUUAGGCUUGAAAUGGAGCACAAUUUUAAAAAAAACGACAAAAAGUGUAUAAAAAAAAACAUACUGCGGCAUUUCCUACCAAAAGUUAAAAUGUGUUGGAAUUGUGAAUUAGUGCAAGUGCUAACUAUCCAGCUCUGUUUUAUUGUGAUGGUGAAUGUGUGUGGGAUAGAGGGUGUUUGGAUCUACAUAUAACUGGAUGUAGGUGUGGGUGUCUGCGUGUGUUAUUUUACCCAUUUAGUGCAUUCGCUCAUUCUGUAACUUAAACUAUUUUUAUCAGAAUGGGGUGCACUCGACCCUUUUAAAAGGAAGAUUAACAAAGGUGAUGAGUUAGCAGUCAUUUGUUUCUUCUCCACAACACCCCGCAAAACCAUGUGAAAUUUUAUGUAUGUCACAUUCUUACCCGAGUAUAACUCGCAUGAGAGUUAAUAUUUGAAGACUGUUUUAGCUGCUAAAAGAAUAUUGGUGCGCGUACUAAGGUAUGAAUAACAGAUAGCAGUCACACUCAAUAAUAAAGUAUGUUAGAAGCAAAGAAAUUUGGUAGCUGCGCUGAAGAAGGUAGACAUGCAUUUUACGUCACGCCUGUGUGGAAGAAAUGGUGAUAGAAGUAAACAUUAUUUAUUUGA